AUGCUUCUGAGACGUAUAAUCAGAAAAACAACCAGAUUUAUCAAGUAUAGACCGCAACUACCUUUGGCCUGCUAUGCAGCCGUAAUUGCGGAAUCGUCAAAUAAAAAUGAUAUGUUCUUGACUAGAUCAAUGGCUACUUCAAACCCUGAAAAAUAUGAUAUUGAUUUUGUUACCAUGAAGAAAACUCCUGUUCAGAGAAGUACCACCAACAACUCACCCUACACACAAAUUCCCGAUUGGCUCGAAUUGGAGAACCACAUUUAUGAAAUCAGAUUCUUGAAGGAGGAGUUGGGUGAUUUUAGUGAUAAGAGCUACGUGUUGAGUUCUCUUGAUAACUUACUGAAGAGUAUGCUUGAAUAUGAAGAGUACUUCCCGGAUGUCGACAUUGAGAGUUUCUUGAAGUUGAGAAGCAAAUUAAAAGAAUUUGCACAGAACAACAGCAAUGAAUGUUUCAAAAUAUUGGAGACGGUUUUACUCAACCAUAGUGCAUUCAGUAGAUUUGAACAAGAACUUGCAAGAAAAUCUGCCGCCACUGACACUGCCACGGCUCCCAGUGAUACAGUUUCAGAACAAGAGAAUCUUGUCGUCCAACCAGAUACGGUCGACACAGAAGCACAACCAUAUGUCCAGAUUCCAGACGAUCUCAAGAUACACGAGUUUUCCGCAGAGUUGGCUAUUCUCAAGGGCAUUUUGGGAAGACCUUUCAAGCAAGUCAGUGCUGAAGAGAUUCUUAAUGUUUUGGACACCGAAAUUGAAAAUUCGUUUACUGCCAGUGGCACACGUUCCAGCUUGCUUGCAUCAAACACAUCAGACGUAUUCAACUUCCUAAGAUUGAAAAGAAAAUUGAACCGGUUGUUUGGCAUAAAUGGCAACAACACGGAAGUGUUGGAUGUUGUUCUCAAUAGCCAGCUGGUGUUUGAUUCAUUUGAAUCGUUAAAGAAGAAUGGACGAGUUGUUGCUGAACAGAAACCAGAGAGUGCUAUUGCGAAACAGGAACCAUUAUUGACAGGAAAUGAAUUUGAAGUUUUGGGGGACUUCUUGAGGUUCUCUGAAUUGUUGUUUAGAAAGGAUGUCCAUAAUGUUUCGGCAGAAGAGUUCAACGAGAUGGUUGAUCGGUAUGGGCGGUCCUUGGAUGAAUCUGCGUCUACCUAUUUGUUUGUCAAGAGUGUAUUGGACCAGUUGAAGACGUACAACUCCAAGAUCGAAUUCUACCCAGCAUUCUUGGUGUGUGUGUAUGGCACCAACAGUUUUGGUGAUUUGCCAAUGACGUCGUACGAGUUGGAGACGUUCUAUGAAGACUUGGUGAGAAGCUUGCGUGAGAUUGCUACCAACGAGGAGAAGGUUGUGCAAGACACAACAUCUGUCGAAAGCAAGUUUGACAUUGGUGAUUUUGGUGGAGCCAAGAUCCAGUACAAUGACUCUGAGAGGUUAAUAUCUGACUUGGAUAAUCAGAGCAGCAGUGCCGAUUUUGAGGCUGUCAGACUGGCAGUGCAUUCUGCAUUUGAAACUCUGCCCAAGCCUGUUGUUGCUUCUCGUAGUGCCGACGCCAAAGAUGAAGCAAAACCAAAGAUUAUGAAACCAGUGAAGCAUUUGAGUGACACGUCACACGAGGUGGACAAGUCUAAGUUGGAGAAGUAUUUGCAAGAGGCCAAGAAACAAGAGGAAAGUAAACUCCGCGAGAGAGAGGCAUUUGAGUGGAGCAAGAGGGCAGAGGCCAAUUCCAAGCGUGCUAAGAGAAUCGAGUCAAAGUACUGCAUUUUGACACUUGACGGUGAAGUCAUGCCUAUUAGUGAACAAGCGUUGGGUGAGUUGCCCAAGGAGGAUAUUUUCAAGGCAUUGAACAAGUUUACUAAGGAGGAGCUUGCACAAGCCAGUGAGGCCGUCAAAGACAUGCAAUCGCGUAACUGGAAGGUUAUUGGUAGCAGAGUCGAAGGGGAUAAGAAGUACUUGGUGUUGGUCAACAACGAUGAUGGUGCUGGAAAAGCAUUCCGUGUAGUGAGAUCACUUUUGGCUACCAGUGGUUUGGUAUUGUUGACAGUGAUUGGUGUUAACCUCUGGGUUGAUGAGACAGACCAGUUCAGUAAAGCUAUUGCAGAAUACGAAAAGAAGGCGGAGGAAGAGAGAAAGGGACAAGCGGCUGUGGGUCCGUUCUCAGUAGCCCAACCUACCACAGUGAAAACACCAACGGUAUUUGGUAAAGAGAAUGUUGCUGGAGUUGUUAUUCCUGAUGAUUCUGGUAAGACAGAGAAAGACGGUCAACAAGAGACGUUGUCCUGGUGGCAGCGUUUGAUGUGGAGUAAGUAG